AUGACGGCCACUCCUCUUGUGCCGCAUUCUGUCCCCGAGGGCGCCAUCAAUGGCCAUCUGCGCUACCAUCCCAUCGCCAUGAAUCCCAACCCGCCUCCACAUCCGCAGAUGCCCCCUCCAGAUCAAAUGCAUACCCCGUCGUCGCUCGAGCAGAUUGAGGCCCGCCUGCGACAGCUCGAACACGAGGAAAUGACCCGGAUGGCCACCCGCAGCCAUAUUCUAGCGGCGCGCAAGCGAGAAGAUGAGGAUUUUCGUCGAUUGACGGAGAGUGCGGAGGCUGAAGAGGAAGAUCUCCGAAGAGAACGCAAGAGAAUCAAGCGCGAGUCGAUGGGCUUAGGGCCAAAUGCUGCUUCCGACUCGCCGCCGAUGCGUCCAACGCCGCCGCGCCGGCUGUCCGAGACCAGCGCGGCUACCACCUUGGCCUUUUUCAAGCAGCAAAGUCCCCCGGAGCCUCGCCAGGUGCCUCUUCCACCGCAGGCACCGCAGGCACCGCAGGCCCCGCCAGCACCGCAGGGAUCAGGGCCACCCCCAUCAAUGCCGCCGCCAGCCCAUUUACAUCCCCAACCUCACCCACCCCAUCAUGCCGCUCCGCCACCACCUCCAUCUCUCCAACACCAAUCUCAACACCAAUCCCAACUCCAACACCAAAUUGUCCCACACGACGCCAUAAACGCCGCAGGCUCCAUCCGCCGCAAGCAAAAAUACACCAUCAAGAACGUCGAAGCAUGGGGCGAGCGUCACGGCCGCCCCGCCGCACACGACCCCUCCGGCCGCGCCUUGUGGAAGCGGCCCUCGGACGGCAGCCUCGUCUACCUCACCUGUCCGAUCCCAGGAUGCGGGAAGAGUGACUUUGUCACCCUGCACGGCUUCAUGUGCCACCUGACAAAGAAGCACAAGGACCGCACGCUCGGCAGCCAGUCGCGGGCUCUGGAACUCUGCGGCAUCGUCUACGACCCUAACGCUCCUCUACCGCCUGUCACAGCCUCCAACCGCGGCUCAACAGAAGAUAGCCCGUCUGUCCCGGAUCGGGACGGUGAUGCCGAGGACCCAGAAAUGGAUUCCGAGUCGGAGGAGAUGGACGAGUCGCAGGAUGAGUACCGUAUCAAGACGGAGGUGACCGCCGACUCAGAGGGAACACAUACACCCCGUGAAGUACCCUCUCCACUCCCUAAACCGACUACCAACGGCUCUACAAAGCAAUCCAUCCACUCCAUUAUUGACCGCACCCCGGAAACUGAGCCUCGAGAAGCACUGACUUCCCUCCCGCCUUCCGAGCCUGCGUCGCAGGUCCCCACACCUCUGCCUGAACAGGCGGUUCCAGCGAAGCGCAAGUUCGAGUACACGCCCCCGGCUUCGGUCUCGGAGAAGGAGAAUACAGAGCCGAAGGAGGGGUCUGGUCCUGAAUAG